UGGCCUCUCGACUGCUCCGUGGCUUGGUCCUUAGGUGCGUGGAGGUCGCCGCCUCCUAGCCGUUUCCCCGGCAACGCCUCCCGGCCGUUCCCCGGGCAACGCGCAGCCGGCCGCUGCGGUCUCAACCAUGGACUCACUGUCUAGCGCGGGGCCCCGCCGGCCUCGCGACCGCCUCGGGGUGCGGUCCUCCGGCGCGCGGGCAGCGUCAACGCCCUGGGCGCGCUUCUCGGCCUGGCUGGAGUGUGUGUGCGUGGUCACCUUCGACCUGGAGCUGGGCCAGGCGCUGGAGCUGGUGUAUCCUGGUGACUUCCGGCUCACGGAUAAGGAGAAAAGCAGCAUCUGCUACCUGUCCUUUCCUGACUCCCACUCCGGCUGCCUCGGGGACACGCAGUUCAGCUUCCGAAUCCGUCAGUGUGGAGGGCAGAGGAGCUCCUGGCCCACUGACGACGGGGGGCGCUACGACAGUGAAGCCCCUGUGACACUGCAGAGGGAGUCGGCGCACUACUUCGGCUAUGUGUACUUCCGGCAGGUGAAGGACAGCUCCAUGAAGAGGGGCUACUUCCAGAAGUCUCUGGUGCUGGUGUCCCGCCUGCCCUUCGUCCGACUCUUCCAGGCACUGCUGAGCCUGGUUGCCCCCGAGUACUUUGACAAGCUGGCCCCCUGCCUGGAAGCAGUGUGUAACGAGAUCGACCAGUGGCCGGCCCCCGUGCCCGGGCAGACCCUGAACCUCCCUGUCGUGGGAGUCGUCCUGCAGGUGCACAUCCCGUCCAGGACAGACAGGCCGGAGUCCAGUCCUCUGAAGCGGUGUGGCCAAGAGAGCCUGCUGCCGGCGCCACUGGUCCUCACCAGUGUCCACGAGCUGGACCUGUUCAGGUGCUUGCAGCCUGUGCUCACCCACGUGCAGACGCUGUGGGAGCUCAUGCUCCUCGGGGAGCCCCUGGUGGUGCUGGCGCCCUCGCCGGCCGUGUCCUCGGAGAUGGUGCUGGCCUUGACCAGCUGCCUGCAGCCCCUCAGGUUCUGCUGCGACUAUCGCCCCUACUUUACCAUCCACGACAGCGAGUUCAAGGAGUUCACCACGCGCACGCAGGCCCCACCCAACGUGGUCCUGGGAGUCACAAACCCUUUCUUCAUCAAAACGCUGCAGCACUGGCCCCACAUCCUCCGAGUUGGGGAGCCCAAGAUGUCAGGGGGUCUUCCUAAACAGGUCAAACUGAAAAAGCCCUCGAGGCUUAAGACCCUGGACACCAAGCCAGGCCUGUACACCGAGUAUACCGCGCACCUACGCCGUGACAAGGCCCUGCUCAAGCGGCUGCUCAAGGGCCUGCAGAAGAAGCGACCGGCAGGGGUGCUGACCGCCCUGCUGAGGCGGCACCUCCUGGAGCUCACGCAGAGCUUUAUCAUUCCACUGGAGCACUACAUGGCCAGCCUCAUGCCCCUGCAGAAGAGCAUCACGCCCUGGAAGACUCCUCCCCAGAUCCGCCCCUUCCACCAGGACGACUUCCUGUGCAGCCUGGAGCACGCUGGGCCUCAGCUCACCUGCAUCCUCAAGGGUGACUGGCUGGGCCUCUACAGGCGGUUUUUCAAGUCCCCCCACUUUGAUGGCUGGUACCGGCAGCGGCGCAAAGAGAUGGCCCGUAAACUGGAGGCCCUGCACCUGGAGGCCAUUUGUGAGGCGAACGUUGAGACCUGGAUGCAGGGCAAGUCCGAGGUGGAGGUCGUGGACCUGGUCCUGAAGCUGCGGGAGAAGCUGGUUCGGGCACGGGGCCACCAGCUCCCCGUGAAGGAGGAGACGCUGCAGCAGGCCCGGCUGCACCUCGAGACCGUCAUCAGCUCCCUGCCCAGGGACCUGCAGGCCGUCCUGUGUCCACCCUAGGAUGGCUGAAGGGGCCUCUGUGCCCCUGGGGCCUGGGACUGGCCCACCGAGGGGUGGGGCGGCCCCCGUCAAGCAUGAGCUCCCCACCCGGACUCCCUGCCGCUCCCUGGCCUUGGCCCCCUGCCCCACACCACUUUGUCCCAGCAGUAAAGGUGGCAUUUGGAACCACAGCCUAGCCCCUGACUGAUGGCGAAUCUGCGGUUGGCCAGAGCCUCACCUCCCCCUGAGCCCCACCUGCCCUCUGCAGGGCUGCAGGCUGGGGGGGCGGGGCUGGCUGUGAGCCCUUGCUGUUCUGGGCCUGGGGCCACCACCCCCUCCAGGCACCCAUCUGCCCAAGCCCAGCAGGUCCCCAGACGUUGCAUUUGAUGUGUCCUUGAGCCCCAUCAGGCUGCCCAGCUCAGGAGAGGGAGAGGCAGCUGACCAGCAGCCUGCGCUCCCCACACAGCCCACCCACCGCUCGCCUGCAGCUGGGGGUAUUCGCUGGCAGUCUGGGCUUGGGAGGGUGAGGAGCUCGGCCGCGUGUUUCCUGGGGAGGCCACCAGGGGGCAGUGUGGGGCCCGGCCGCAGGGUCCCCCACCCUCGGGGGCAUUGUCCCAGUCAUGUCCCUGGAGCACCCCACCGAGGAACUGUUCCCUCUACCGCCCGUGGCACUUCAGCCAGCUCUGCCCCCCCCCCCCCCCAAGCCAGGGCCCUCCACAGCGCGGCAGCCUCCCUCGCUGAGCUCGGAAGGUGGCUCACUCCCCAGCCAGGCCCAGCGCUGCCGCAGCACAGUCAGGACUCAGAACCGAGUGGCAGCAGCGGUGGCCAGUGGGAGGUGGGUGUGAGGCACAGGCUCAGAGCUGUGGGCCUCCAGGUCCGCCUCCCAGCCCCUCACCCUCAGACCCCUCACGAGAGGGGCGCGCUCGGCUUCCUGCUGGAGCGGGUGCUCGCGGAGUGAGCAGGCACGGCCGAGUGGGGGUUCCAUCGCUUCUGAAGUCCCACCCCGUCCAGGCCCUGGGGUGGCGGGGUGAUGGUCUCAAAGCAUCCCCUGCCCCCUUGCCUGGCUCGCCCCCACUCCGCAGAGCACAGCAGAGGCAGGGAACCCAUUUUUGCAGAAGGAACAAGCGGGAGGCCCCAGGGUGAGAGCGGUUCAGUGCCGGCCCUGAACGCCGCUAGGAGGGGCCUGCCCCCGGGGUCUGGAGGGGCAGCCUUCCCACAGUGGACGCAGUCCCCGCUCAGUCUGCAAGGACACCAGGGCUGUCCUCACGGCUGUCGGACUCUCCAACCCACAAGAAAAGGCCGAGGGGACCAUGAGGCACUACCAUCAGCUACCCUCGCUCAGCUAGUCCUACACUCUAACCUCUAACCCCAAACCUAGUUCCACUGGCUGGAGUCGGGGCCAGUCCUGGGCCUGGGCCUGGGCCCCUCACUAUAACCCACUGUGCAGGGAGAGGCUACUAAGGGGAGAGAGGAAGGGGUAGCUGGGUCGGAAGAAGCAAACCUGCCCUCAGCAGAGCCCCCAGGACAGAAGGGCCUGGACGGGCAGAAGCCAGGUGGCCCCUCGGAGUACAGUGCUGGUGGGUCCCCGGUGGCCUCCUGAGGCUGGACGGCCUGGGAGGGGGUGGGGCAGAGAUGCAGCCGAUCGCCCUGGGGACAGGAAGGACAGUUCACCCCCAAGCUUCCUGCACUCUAUUUAAAGAUUCCUUUAGUCUGGGAUACUGGCCUUCCCACAUGUUUGGUAUUAAAAUGUCCUGUGACCACAA